AACAUGUAGAGAGAUUUAAAUUCUCAAAUCAUAUAUUCGAAGUUUGAAUUACACUAUUUUGGUUUUACUCGAGAUAAUAGAUAAUAUGAGAUUGAUGCGUAAAUGCGACAAAUGCGUUGUGGCCAACAUACAUUUCAUAACUUUUAUUUUAUGUACUUUAUGUUGACUUGCGGCCCCAAUAUAGUACACUUACCACCGUUUUUACUUAUGUGUGCUUGCACGCGUGACUAUAUUUAUUUAACACUAAUCCAGUUCCCAUAAUGAUUCUUUUUGUAAUUCCUUACCAGAAUAAUUAUUAUCAUAUUUUAUUCUGUAGCAUAGGCGAUGAAUUCCCAAUGUUUACCAAAUCAAUAACGUUUAUACCUCCUGCAAUAACAAUAUAUUUUGAUACUAUUCGUGUUACAGUGUCAUAUAUAAUAAACAGUAAUAUACAGUUGAGUACGAACGAAAUUGUAGGUAGGUAUACCGUGUAUACUGUAUAUGCAUUAUGUUGAGGUAUAUUUUACAUAAUAAAGGCGAUAUGCGCACCACCGUUGCCGCCGUCCUGUGUGUAACGAUAUUCGGGUCGCCACCCGCCGCCGUUGCAGCACCCGCGACGAUCGCGAUCGAUAAAUAUUCGUCGAUCGCUGGCCCGAUCUUUCGGACUCAACCAGCACCAAAGCCUGAGCCCCGUCAAUCUGAAAACCCGACUUCUAUCGUCAAAACUGACUGCGAUACGACGAACCUUCCACAGCAGCUGCAGCAGAGUACACAGUUACCCAAUGACGUGAACCUCAUCCCGCAGGAGAAGAUACAGCCUUCGAGUAUGAACGAGACAGCAACAACUGAUACCGCGUCGUACACCCAAUAUAACGACGAAGAUGGCGAAGUUGACGCAGACAUUGAAAACGACUACAUUCUGUUUUUCUGUUGGAUACCGAUAAUUUUUUUACUAAUGUUAGUAUUAUUGGUGUAUUCGAAUCUUCGAUCUUUUUGUAUAUCACGAAUGAAAAAAGAUUCUGGGGAAGCACUAUGUUUGCAAUCGAGUAGCUCCCGAUAUAAUAUUAUACAAUAAUUUUAAAAAAAAUUCUGCGGAAAUAAAUAAGAAUGUCAGUGUGCUUAGUGCUUACUGUUUAUAAGCGAUUGAAUUCCCUGAUGAAAUGAAAACGAUUAUACUCGUCGUAUAAAAUAAUAUUGUAAUUCGAACGAUCAGUUGUCAAUGUUAUCUGGAAUAAUGCCAUCAUGGAUUAUUUUUACUGUUGUAUUCAUUUUAAAAAUGAUUUAAUUAUUUAUUAUAAUUAUUUGUAAAUAUUUUUUCUUUAUGAAUAAAUGAUUUAUAAAUAAUUAAUCGGUUAUUUUAUACAUAUGAUACAAUUUUGAAUUUACCCAAAAGAGAACAUUUUUAAAAGAGAAAAUAUAAGGUAUAGGUAAUAUAUCUGUCA